GUUGAAAAGUGAAGAAUCAAAAACGUUUGCAAUGAAGAUUCUCAAGAAACGCCACAUCGUGGAUACAAGACAGCAGGAGCACAUCCGCUCGGAGAAGCAGAUCAUGCAGGGGGCUCAUUCCGAUUUCAUAGUGAGACUAUACAGAACAUUUAAGGACAGUAAAUAUUUGUAUAUGUUGAUGGAAGCUUGCCUAGGUGGAGAGCUCUGGACCAUUCUCAGGGAUAGAGGUUCGUUUGAGGAUUCUACAACCAGAUUUUACACAGCGUGUGUGGUAGAAGCUUUUGCCUAUCUUCAUUCCAAAGGAAUCAUUUAUAGGGACCUCAAGCCAGAAAAUCUCAUCCUAGAUCAUCGAGGUUAUGCCAAACUGGUUGAUUUUGGCUUUGCAAAGAAAAUAGGAUUUGGAAAGAAAACAUGGACUUUUUGUGGGACUCCAGAGUAUGUAGCCCCGGAGAUCAUCCUGAACAAAGGCCAUGACAUUUCAGCCGACUAUUGGUCACUGGGAAUCCUAAUGUAUGAACUUCUGACUGGCAGCCCACCGUUCUCAGGCCCAGAUCCUAUGAAAACCUAUAACAUCAUAUUGAGGGGAAUUGACAUGAUAGAAUUUCCAAAGAAGAUUGCCAAAAAUGCUGCUAAUUUAAUUAAAAAACUAUGCAGGGACAAUCCAUCAGAAAGAUUAGGGAAUUUGAAAAAUGGAGUGAAAGACAUUCAAAAGCACAAAUGGUUUGAGGGCUUUAACUGGGAAGGCUUAAGAAAAGGCACCCUGACACCUCCUAUAAUACCAAGUGUUGCAUCCCCCACAGACACAAGCAAUUUCGACAGUUUCCCUGAGGACAGUGAUGAACCACCACCUGACGACAACUCAGGAUGGGACAUAGACUUCUAAUGCAUUUCUCUUACCUGCUUCUGCCUUGCUGAAGACAGCUUUUUCUGAGACACAGCUGCCAGCAAACCUGAGGGAAGGAGAGAAGAUUAGUGCUCGGGGUCACCAUGAUGCCUUUGAUCGAUGCUGCUCCAGUAACUACAGUGGCAUUUGAACUUAUUGCUUAGAUGACAAUAGUGCUCUUUACAUGUUUUCUGUUUGAACCUAAAAUAGCAGUUGACAUGGUGGUCCUGAAGCAAAGCCUUUCACCAGUAAAGAGAUGUUUUCUAUUGUUGCAAUGAUCUUGCUUUGCUCUGAUUAUAAUUUGAAAGACUGUAGGAAACACUUCAAUCUAGUAAGAGUCUGUACCUUGCUAGAAUUAUCAAGAGGAUGAAAGAAUAAUAUAUUGGGUACGAUAGAUUACUAUGGUACAGAAACUGGGCUCUUUCCUUUCUUCAAGUGAAGGUUGUGGAAUCUGUUACUGCAAGCCGGUGUACAUACCGUGCAAAAGAGGACCACACAUCUGUCGGUCACAGAGUUCAUGUUAAACCAGUGCUAGAAGUUUCAUGAAUUUAUCUCCCAGCAGUGCUGAUGACAAGACUGAAUGUUACCUUUUCUUUCUGACAGAUUUUAAAAAUUGAUAUGAUAAAAGCACAACUGCUCUGGAUUCUGCCGAGAGUUCUCAUAGCAGGUCUAUAUGCGUUUUCACAGAGGAUUGAAAAAAAUGCAUGACAUUUGUUUGUUUCUUUUUGAUAAAUUGGCAUGACAGAGUGAGGAAAAAAGCAAUUCACAAAACCAUUUCAUAUUCUUAAGAAUAUUGUGCUUAAAGAUGGUCCUCGAAAUAAAUGAGUAGCAGCCAAUUGGUUUUAUUUAUUACCUAACAUACCCUCAAACUGAGGCUUAAAAUAUUCCCUUUUAUAAAAAUAAACUCUUGGGUUGGGAAUGGGGUAGGGUGGGGAGAGAUUAAGACCCAUCCAAAAAAUAAAAAUAAAAAAACUAUAUAGGUGCUAUGUAUAUCUUUCAUCUGUAAAUGUCAGUGUCUGAACAGACAACACAAAUUCUAAUCAUUACAUGUGUAGCCAGAGAUUCAAGCAUUUUCACUAAAUUUAUUAAACCAAACUCCUGUCGAAUUUCACUUAUACAGCAUAUUCUAGGGUUAAGGGAGAAAGGUGAUUAAAAACUCAUUUCAACAUUAGCUUUUUGUCUUAGGCCUGAACCAAAAAUAAAUAAAUAAAAGAAAAGAAGAAGAAAGAAAGCACAAGGUCAAAGCUAUUAAGAUUACCAAACCAGGAACUUCAUUUACUUGAGGUCAGGGAAUAAGACAAGAAGGUAGUCAGGUGUUGAUUACCUUUGCAUGAAUGAUCGGAUGUGAGUCCAUGCACUUGUCAAAGUGGGAAGUAGACAGGAAAACAGGAACUGAUUUCCUAAAAGUAAAUUUUAGUGAAAUAGAACAGAAAUCUUACAAUCCUGAAAUUUCACACUAGCUAGAAAAGACUAGAUAAGAAAAUAUCAAACAGAUUUUCUUUUUUCACAUGAGGAAAAGAAUCAGCAAAUUAAACUGAGUCCUUUGUUGGCAGACCAGUUGACUAUUAUUAGCUGUCAUAAGUAGCAGAGUCAUUUGGGAGUUUUUCCUGGACAAAUAGCAUUAUACCUACACAGACAAAUGCAUAACCUUCCAAGCUGUCAUUCUGAUUUGGAACUAUGUGUGAAUUCAGUAUAUUAAAUAGAGGUUUGCUUUUUUCCAGAAGGGAUUUAAAAAAAAAAAAAAAAAAGAUCAAUCAAAUGUAGACAUUUCUGCAGGGAAAAAAGAAACAAAAAACAAUUAGAUCAUUAUACCCUAGCCAAGAGACAUAUAUUAUGAAUUUUGUUCAAAUUUUACAUACUCAAAAUUACUUUAGAAUAUGGUAUCUUAUGAAAAUAUAAUACUCUAAAAACCAUAUGGAGUAUAAAAGUACUAAGGCUAUAUUACACUUAAAGUUCAACUAAAACUUUGAUCCUAGGAUAUUACUAUUAUUCUUGUGUUAUUAGAGUUUUCCCUCCUAUACAAUUGCUCAAAACUGAUCUAUUACCUAGUAUGUCUGCUUUCUUCUACAGAUUUUAGAAUAUAAAAUUAAACAUACCCACCUAAAAUCCAGCUAUGAACACGAUUUCAGAAGUUUUAUAUUACUUUUAAUUGGGCUUUUAAAAAUAAAUAAUUCCAACAUUUUAGUUAAUGUUCAGUAAUUUUUGUUGAAAAAUAGUGUGGUUUAGGCAUGCUAAAGGCUUGCUAAAUAUUAAAUUUAUCUUGUCUUUAGGACAGAGAAUCUGCCUCUGCAACUUUUAAAAUAUCCCCAGAGAUUAGCACUUACUGUAGAUUUUGGAACUGUGGUUCAAGUCUAAGACAACCAAUAUGUAUGAGUUCUAUGGAGAAGGAAGAAGUAGCAUUCAGCACGAUGGAACUGUAGAUGGUUUCUCCCACUUGUUACUGCAUCUUUGUUCAUUUCACCAUGGCAUGGCAUUAGGAUGUCUAAAGCAAUCACCAAAAAAUAAAGGUGAACUACAUCUUUCAAGAAUUACUAACAGAAAACAUUUACCUAAUUUUCAACAUUGAAUUUUAAGGAUAUAAAUCUUGUCUUAAUGAAGACACUAGGGCUAAAAUUCAUGGUCAACUUCAUAAAGUGCAUCUCACCUGAUUUCUGAAUCUUUCAUGCCCCCUCUAUUUUCUUACACUAAAAGCAUCUGGAUAAGUUAGCAUAGUAACAAUUUGUUUGAUUUGUUAACUGACUUUCUUGUUAAUACUUCAAGUACGGGAAAUAAGGGCUUUCUGUGUGUCUUGACUCACGGGAAAACUGAAAACUGCCAAGGGAAGGAACAUCAUAAUAUUUGAGAUAGAUUGAAUACAAAAUGAUUUUUGGAAAAUUGCUAUAAAUUAUUUUUAUGUUUGUAUCUUUAUUAUUAAGAUAUGAAUCAGAUCCAUUUAGCAUUUAAAACAAAUUUAUGUUGGUUAUAUUCUUUAUAAUUCAUAAUUUUUACUUAAAAUGAUGGGACAUGCAUGUGAAUCACACAUGUAUAAUAAUAUAUAAACUCAACUAUUGAAUUUUUCUUGUUUCAUUUCUAAAUGACUGAACUGAUGGUGAACUUAAAUUUAUAGAAGUCAGCUACCAUAUUGAAAACAAGGAUGUUAGAACUGAUUUCGUACAAUAGAGGUGAUCUGUGCAUUAUCCAUAACAAUGUUUUCUUUCACAACAGGACCACAGACAAAUAUUUAUGUAAAUAGAGAUUUUUGUGUGAUAUUUUGUGGUACAUAUAACUUUUUUUGGUAUUUCACAGCAUUAUGAUUUCAUUUUGUUUGUAUUGAAUAAUGUUUUUAGGUCCAAGUAGACUUGAAUUAAUGUCAUAAUUGUCAGUAUUAUUGAAAAUUAUGUCAACUGUACUGUUAUUCAUCUGUCCCAUAGUUUAGAACAUGACCUGGCUAUCUGGCAUUGUUGCAAGUGCCUUAAAUUCAUGGCAUCCUAUUAAAAAAACAAAUUUGGUGUUAUGCUGCAUGACAAAGACAAACACACCUCAAAAUGUUGUCCUUUCUUAGCUUGCUGCGUUUUACAGUUCUUUCUGCUAACAAUUUAUAAGCCUUUAUUAUAUAAUAUUGAUGAAUUACAGAAAUGAUGAAGUUGUUCUCUUAUUUCUGUUAAAUGUACCAGAGCUGUGUAUCUGUUAAUGAGAUACAGCGUCAUUUCUGUGAAAUGUAUAAAUGUAUGUGCAGGUCAAAUUAAUAUAUGACAUACUAUCAGUCUGUAUACAGGUAUUCCUGUUUUGCUAAGCUGUGCAGAUUCAGUAAAAAAAAAUCGUGCAGUCAAGUUCUAACAUUUUUCAUUUUAUAGACUCCGUUGCCAAUGGCCCAACCCAAAUGAACAAUUGGAAAUGACUGCUAACCACACUUCGUUAUGAAACCAAUGAUGAAAAAGUACCUUGGUGCACCACUCAACAAAACAGGAUGCUUUCCCUGAGUUCUUGCAUAUGCAAAUCAUUUAUGAGGCAAGUUUUUAACAGACCUAGAAAGCAAAACAUUGAGUGUGGUGUUAGCCCUCCUCUUUAUGUGCCCCUGCACCAACAGACAGAGCUCUGGGACCGUGACAAUGACUCAGAGGUUUGGGCUUUCUGAAUAAAGGGACAUUUCUUUAAGCAUCAUCUAUCAAAUUUAUUUCAAUGUUUGAUGUUUUUACAACUGGUCAGUUCUUUUGUAUUCUUACAGCUAUGGUUAUUUGAUUGUCCUCUUACAAUUUGUUCUACAUGAAAGAGUCCUUUGUUAGUCAGAAUGCAACAAACUGUCAUCAAAUGGUCAUUGACCACUUGCACUCUUUUGAUGUAGAUUAAAAACUUUUUCAUAAACUUAACCUGCUUUGAUUUGCUCUGUAUUUUUCCUGCAGCUGUAAUUGCUGAGUGCCUGUUGUAUACUUUAUAGAGUUGAAAUAAAAAAAAAUAAUUACUUUUGAA